GGCUCCGGAGGAGUGCGAAGGAAGCGCUAGGCGAGUUACGGGAGAUUGGUGAAGUGCAGCGCGAGUAAGUUGCGGCAGUAGGCAAGGUAGGAUUGGAUUGUAGAUAAGGGAGUAUGUUUAGUGGGGAAAGCAAGCAAGCGGGAAAAUUUAAAAACAGGUUUCUAACCGGGAAGACAGGGAGUGUAGGGGACUUAACAGACGCGGUGAUAAGUGGAAAGAGGAAAUAUAGAGAAGAAGAAAGUAUGUUGAGAAUGAGAGCGGGCUGGGAGGAAAGCGAGGUUUUAAGAAGAGUAGGUUAGUGGGAAAAUCGCCCGAAAAAAGACUUGAAAUGGAGGAGAUUCUUAAAAAAUUGGAAGAGCUAGGAGAUAGAAUUAAAGAGGAAUGUGGAAAAGUGAGCAAGAGAGUUGACGAACUGAGGGAAGAAGGUGUAAAGGAGAGAGAAAAUCUAAAAAAGAUAUGGUUGGAGGGUCAGAAAGCGAACGAAGCGAGAACGAAUGAGCUGGCAAAAAGGAUGGAAAAGUUAGAGAGGCUAGCGGAAAGGAGAAACCAGGAAGGACAAGCAGUUUUCAAAGAGGAAGGACUGAUGGUAUGCAAAGAGACGGAAGAAAGGGUUAGAAGCUUAGAGAUAAGCGUGGAAAGACAGGAAAGAGAGGUGAGAAGGAAGAAUAUUAUUGUCAAAGGUGUAGAGAUGCAGAGAAAUAAGGAAUGGAGCCAAGAGAUCGAGAUAAUUUGGGAGAAAAUAGGAGUUGAAGGAGGCAGAAGAAACAUGAGGAAAAUUGGAGAGAUUGAUAAGGAAGAAAAAGGUUUAGUGCUAAUAUAAAUGGAAGGGUUAGAGAAAAAAAGAGAGGUUAUGAUGGCAAAAAGUAAAUUGAAAGGAGAAAAAGUAAGAAUUGAAGACAAUCUCACGAGAGAAGAAAGAAGAAUACAAAGGUUGAUAAUGGAGGAAGCAAGGAAAGAGAGAGAGAAUGGAAAGAGGGUAAAAGUAGGAUACAUGAAGAUGUGGGUUAACGACGAACUGAGGCUAUGGAAUG